GUACAAAGAAGUUCAGGGUCCUCUACUUCAAUAGCCAUUUCUUAUCCUCGACACCUUCUUUUCCCCUCUUUUAAAUAGCACCACUGUCUCAGAUUUUUGCAGGGGUGUGUCGUAGAUUGGUUUUCUUUCAUUUUGCCAGCCCAUAUUUCCCUUUUUCUGUUUGCAUUUGAGCAAGUGAAAAGUUGUUGAAUGGCUUUAAAGAGGAUAUUGAAGGAGCACAAGGACUUGCAAAGAGACCCACCAACUUCAUGCAGUGCAGGUCCAAUAGCGGAGGACAUGUUCCAUUGGCAAGCUACCAUUAUUGGUCCUAAUGACAGUCCCUAUACCGGUGGUGUUUUCCUUGUCAAUAUCCAUUUUCCUCCUGAUUAUCCCUUCAAGCCUCCAAAGGUUGCCUUCAGGACCAAGGUGUUUCAUCCCAAUAUAAACAGCAAUGGAAACAUCUGCUUGGACAUAUUGAAAGAGCAAUGGAGUCCAGCACUUUCUAUAUCCAAGGUGUUGUUGUCCAUUUGUUCCCUGCUUACAGACCCAAACCCAGAUGAUCCACUUGUUCCAGAGAUAGCCCAUAUGUUCAAGACUAAUAAGGUCAAAUAUGAAUUAACAGCUCGGAGCUGGACCCAGAAGUAUGCCAUGGGCUAAAUGUAUAUAAUCUCUUCAUGGUUAUUAUAAUAUUACUGUCACCAAUAAUCCUUCCAUCAUCUUUUUUUUGUUACUUUCUUUUGAGGUUUACUGAAAAUAACUAGUAAUUUGAGCAUUUGUUUGCUUUGAAAAUAAAAAAAAUGCCCUGAACCAGAGUGUUAAAAAUAAAAUAUUUCAAUUA